UUGGGUACCUGUAUAAAAGAUAUAAAGUUCUGCAAAUACCUGCUCAAUAAAGGGUAUCUUUUCCAUAAAUAUUGCCGUCCCAACAACAUAAAUGCUUGAAAAACGUAGUAUCAAUUACAGAAAUUUUUAGUGGCGCCAUCUACCCGAGGUCAAUAAAACCGACAGCUCGAGCAGCAUCAGCGGCUAGCACGAGGAGCCGAACGAGCGCUUUGGUUUGGUUUUCCGCCGUGUCGAUCUCGACUUCGAACGUCGCCGCUCGGCAAUGCCGACCGGGUGCUCCGUUCUCCUGUGUCCUAACCGGACUGCACAAAGCCCUCUUGUCCGUGCUAAAAAGCUCCAGUUCCAUCGUUUACCACGCGAAGAACGUCUCAGAAGUGAGUGGUGUGGAAGGAUUGGUAGAAGGGACCCUGGACAGGCAGACGUGCGCGUGUGCUCCGAACACUUCGACAGCGACCGCGACUACCGUCGCCUGCCAAGUGUUCUUCGCGAUGCCGGGCAGACGAUGAAGAACGUCUACCUGAAGCCAGAUGCUAUUCCUUCGCUCCGACUGCCCCCCACUGCGAAGCGCCUCUCCCCUGCCAAGGACCCAGCCGUGCCAACGUCGAAGCGCCGAAGAACUGAGAACGAUGAGCCGGUGGAGGUGGAUUGCUUCGAGAGGACCACACCUCGCGAGCACAGCUGUCAUUGUCGUCACCGACCGGCGACACGCGACACAGCGGUCCAGGCCGACCUGCAUGAAAAUCCGGGACCCGCACAGACUCCGAGGCCGCCUGGCACGAAGGACAGUUCUGUGGGCACAGACCGAUGGCUGGGAAAGCGAUCUACCGGCACGCAGUGGAAUUCCUACGCCAAAGGUAUCACCGCCCACUGGGUACAGACCGAGGACUUGGAGACACCCGACAGUAGCAGCACCACUGCCGGCAGCAACAGCACAACCACUGCCGCAGCCUUCGCCUCCACCACCACUACCUCUGCAGUGCCACCGCGAAGACCGGGCCCAGCAUGUGCAAUGAGCCCUGUCCUCAGUGAUUCGGACGAGGAGGAGGAGGAAGAAGAGGACGACGACGACGGCGACGACUGCGACGAUGACCCUCUGUGGGAGCCACCCACCAAAGGAGGCUUUGUCGAGAGUGCCACCACUGUGUCCGGAGAGCCAGACUACAAAGAACGAAAGUUCCUCGUGUUUGAGAGCAGCCUGCGGCAGUUGUUUGCGGUCUGCCAGACGUGCUACAGCCCCUGCAGUGUGUCACUGAGCACGAUUGGCACGCUCCUGACGGUGCACACCUCUUGCCCCGCUGGGCAUAAGAACCGUUGGGACAGUCAGCCCUACAUCAACGGCAGGCCUCUGGGGAACCUCCUCAUCACCAGCUUCGUCCUGUUCACGGGGGCCCCCCCAACCAUCACGCUGCGCCUGCUCCGCCUAAUGAACAUCGUGGUGAUCUCAAUGAAGACAUACACAAACUACCAGCGGGCAAUUUUGAUCCCAGCUGUUGAACAGGUGUGGGAGGAGGAGCAGGAGAAGCUGUUGGGAGAGCUCCGUGACCAACCCCUUGACCUUGCUGGUGACGGGAGGUGCGACUCCCCAGGCUACAGCGCAAAAUAUCUGACGUACUCUCUUCAUGCACCCCACGUGAACAAGAUCGUUCACUUAGAACAGGUUCAGGUAGGAGAGUGUGAGGCGGUUCCCAACAGUGGAAGUAUGGAGAAGGAAGGCCUGAUCAGGUCCCUGGCCUUUGCAAGGGAGAAGGAGCUGACAGUGCGGUCCCUGGCCACGGACAGGCACCGCUCAAUCGCCAAGCACAUGAGGGAGAAAGAGCCGGCUGUCCUCCACUUCUUCGACGUCUGGCAUGUGUCAAAGAGUGUCAAGAAGAGCCUUAACGCAGCCAGCAAGAGCCAUGACUGUGGCUCGCUGGUUGGGUGGGCACAGCCGGCGGUCAACCACAUGUACUGGUGUGCGACGGCGAGCCGGGGCAACCCUGACCUGCUGGUGGGUGCCUGGUCGAGCAUGACAAGGCACGUGGUCGACGUCCAUGCAGACCACCCCGGGAUGUACACCAAGUGCCUUCAUGAGCCCAUCGAAGAUGGUGAAUGGCUGGUGCCAGACACACCUGCCCAUGCCAGGUUUGUGGACGUCGUGUCCAGCAAGUCCCUACUCAAGGACCUGCGCCAGCUUUCCCCUGACACACAAACCUAUGGAUUGGAAUCUUUCCAUAGUGUGCUCAACCGCUUUGCACCCAAGUGGGCUGCCUUUCGCACAAAAGGCAUGCUCGCCAGAUUACGUCGGAAAGCUCGUGGCUCGGGCCGUGGCAAUCUGCAAGGACAUCGGACCUCUGAGGGAGGUCUUCAAGCUUGAUGCGAGGACGCCGCGUCUGCCAAACCUGAACCGGAGCUGCGACAGACCACCAAAGGAGGAUCUGGUUGCUGCCAGAAUCAGCCGUUUUGGAAAGAAGGCGCCCAACGCAACGGAGUAAUGGUUUGCUUUGCAAGCGCAAUACCAGCGCACUCCACUUGCUGGUUGAGUUCUUGUUGCAGUUGGGGCUGUUGUAACAUGAGAUGGAGUGGGGCUCUGGUCGCUCGCACUGUGUAUUUGAGGAAGCUGGCAUUUUGCCUGACGACUUUUCCGUUUCGAGAUGCCUUGAUGCAGGAUCCUCGGAAUGAGAUAACAGUGAAAGACCUGGGGUCAUAAAAUGGGGUGGAUUUGUUGUGCUGCUGUUCUCUGCAGAGCGCGAGUUGACUUGAAAUGAAGUUGUACGUUUGUGCGUAAUGUCACUUGUUGACAUAUGCCUUGUCGUAUCUUUUCCUCGCUGCAUCUGUUUGUUGUGCCUCGAUCUCGGUGUAGCCUUUGUCACCAGGGUUAGGAAGUACUGGUAACAUGUUGCACACUUCCCAGUUCUUUGACAGAUGAGGUGGUGAUGGCUUGGUGUUCACUGCGAGCACCUUUCUUUUGUUUUCGUCGGGCUGCUAGAGUUUUGUUUUAUGAUGCUGACGUUGUGCUUCGCCUCUUCGAAUAGCCGGCCUUGCUUGAGUAUUCCUUGUACGUCGAGGUCGUGUUGUAUGGUAUAGCGGCGCAGCCUUGAGGACUUUGUCGUGAUGAGGAUCUGGUUUUUAAUCUCGGUGUCCAGGCCAACGAACACACAGUGCCUCGCAAGCUGCCGCAGUCAAGCGUAAAACAGGUUGAGUGACUCGCUUCCCACCUGCUUCGUCUGCUGAAAGCGGUAAACUUCGAAGCUCGUAGUUACCUGGGGUAGGAGUAAGCGUCGAGCUUCCUGCGUGUAGCUGUGUAUAGAGCAGUUGUGUCGCUGCAGAACUUUGCUGCGGUUGAGACAGGCGCAGUCACUGGAGGUUCUGGUAGCAUGCAGCAAGUGUCGUAGAGGUCUUCUCCGAUAUAGUGCAACUGAAAGGCGGUGUUCCUGGCAUCAUUUUGAUUCCACAGGCGACCACAAAGUCCUCGAACCGUUUUACCCACAUUGACCACUCAGUGCCGACAUUAUUGGUAUCAGUGACACGAGCGUCAAAGGAGGGAAAUGGGGGGGAGCGCGCCUUAGUCCAUCUUGCUAGGCAGGUGUCAUUUGUUGGAUGCGUCGGGGUCCAUUCCACUUCAUUGCAGGGCGAUCCUUAUGCUGUUCUUGCACAUUUUCUUGGCCAUUUGUAGCGUUGUCUGCGUUUAGGAGGGAUGAAUUUCGUCCGGUUAUGAUUCGGAACAAAACAUGUUUAUUACACAUUCAUAGCUAUCUCGGAUCAUGUGUCCAUGGAUGUGUUAGAAUCUCCUAGGAUACUGCACUAUUGAACUGUUCAUUACAGUACAGUAGACCAAAGAGGCAUGGCCUGGUUUGUGCCUACCAGGUUGAAGGAGAGGGAACGAAGUAUGAGCUUGGUCUGGCUUUAUUUUCACAGUCCCCACUUUUUUGCAAUUCAGGCAAAGGAACAUACCCCCGAAUUUUGUGAAUUCCAAAAGUGAGAAUUGAGGGCCUCUAGAGGCCAGUGUUUUCUUUCGCAUGCUCCUAAAUUUCACUAAUCCUUCAAUUCGCGAAAUUCACCAAAUUAAGGGCUUGCAAAAGUAAAGGGUUUUACAGUAUUGGGACAGCCAGUCAGCGUGCCCAUAUGCAGGGCACACCAACACUCGGAUACAGCAGUUCUCACACAAACCCCCAAGGGUCCUCAAGAGCAUUCAUGGGGGGGAGUCGUCUUCCUUGCAUUAGUGCAUGUCAAAUCAAGGACACGAAACAGGGUGUCCGAUGUUGGCACAUUAUUGUCUAGCGUACAUCACCUUUUACACUGAUUGCAAGCUGCGAGUACCACUUCAUAUGUAGCACAAUCUGAGUACCUGCAAAUGCACUAUGUUUUUGGGACCUUGCCUUGCAGCCUUGUUUUGUGUGUGUUUAGUUGAUACGUUUGGUUUACAUCCCGUCUGCCCCCUUUUCACAUAAUAAGUCUUGUGUCAAACUGAUAGGGGAGGACGCUCACUCGAGUCAAGCCUCGGCUAAAGUGCGAUGUGCUUAUCAGUUUGUGCUGAGCCCCGAGUGAGCAUCCUCUCCUUGAAGCAGAAUGAAAUUGCCCGCAGUGCCCCCGCCAGCCACCGCCUCGGUCACGCUCUCCCAGUGGGUCCUUCGUAUUGCAGCACAUUGUACAUGAAUAGUGCAAAAUAAACAGCAAUGCUUCGUAAGCUGUAGGAAGUACUGAAUGUAGAAUGACUACAUGAACAGUGCAAAAUUGAUUGCAAUGCUUUGUAAGCUGUGGGAAAACCAGCAUCAGUGCUUGAAGUUGUAUGUUUGUUUUAAUCAGUCGAAAUGUUUUGUUGUCUGGGUGCAUAAAGUAGUAUGCUUGCAAAAACUUUAGUGAAACAAUGUGGCGUUUACAACAUUUUUAUUCUACAUCAUGAAACCCCGUAUACGUUUCCGAAGGGAAUUCAUCCUGGAUCCUCUUGACCACGCAGGCCGGUAGAACACGUCGAUUGCGACGUCCCAGCCUCCGCCACAUCCACCGCACGAAUUGGUGAUAGGCCGCAAAACGAAGCCUGGAAAAUUUAUAAGGACAAAGCUGGUCAAUUACCACUGAUACAAAUGUUUGAAGUGCCAGCCAAGACACACUACACAUCUCGAUGAUACUAUACUCAGUUUCAAGUUGUGUGCAGUGCAGGCACAGCUUUCCACAGUGUUUUGUGUGCACAAGCACUUGCACGCAGAGGGUGUGUUUGGAAGCCACGCGCUCGUGCCUGUGCCUACACUGCACACAAGUUGGGACUCCGAGUAUAGGGCAGGUUUAUGAAAUUGAGGUGCAUGUGACAAAUGAAAAUACAUCAAGAUUUACUUUGGAGUAUCUAAUUAAGUGAAACGCAGGACUACAGAGAUGUGAUGUUUUCAAAAGCUGGACGGUGCAAUAAGAUGCAAUGAAUGCCUGACCAUGUUACUUGUGCACAUAGGAGACUUGACCGCAUGUAAUAAAAAAACAGCAUCAUGUGUCGAG